UGACACGUGGUGGGGAGGGACAGAGGUCAUCAUCACCAGCAGCGCCCCCUCCCAUCUCGGUGCUCUGCUUUCAGCUCUUUCUGGCAGCGGCAGUUUGGAAUCCAGCGGCGCUCCUCCGAACGCUCCACCGAAAUAUUAGGUUGAUUCAAGAUGGAUGAGUCGUACUGGAGAAAACCAAAGCCGAAGAAGUCGGUGUGGCUCAGUUUCAAGCUUUUCAUCCAUGACCCUUCAAAAAACAAGUUUUUCGGCCGAACGCCUUCCAGUUGGGUCAAAAUUGGCAUUUUCUACCUGAUCUUCUAUGGAAUCCUGGCCGCCAUGUUCGCCGCCAUGCUGUUGGUUUUCUUCCAAACUUUGGAUCCUAGGAUCCCCCGUUGGAGACUGGAGGAGUCCCUGAUUGGAACCAACCCUGGUCUUGGAUACAGACCAAUGCCAGAGGAGCCCAACCUGGACAGCUCUCUGAUUUGGUACACCGGCUCCCACCCCGAUAACUACGGGCCCUGGACCAAGCAGCUCGACAAAUUCCUUGAUGUGUACCGCAGGCCUGGUCUGACCCCCGGCCGUGGCCAGAACAUCCACAACUGCGACUACGACAACCCACCCAAGCCCGGACAGGUGUGCGAGGUGGACGUGAAGAACUGGUACCCGUGCAACACCGAAAACAACUACGACUACCACAAGGGCUCUCCCUGCAUCUUCCUCAAACUGAACAAGAUCUACGACUGGGUGCCCGACUACUUCAACGACACCGGCGCCUUGCCCAAGGGCAUGCCCGCCAAACUGCAGGAGCACAUCCGCGGCGUCCCUACCAAGGAGCUCAACACUGUGUGGGUGAGCUGCGAGGGAGAAAACCCUGCCGACGUUGAAAACAUUGGCCCCGUCGAGUACUUCCCCAAGUGGGGCUUCCCCGGAUACUUCUACCCCUAUGAGAACUCAGAGGGCUACCUCAGCCCCCUGGUGGCGGUUCACUUUGCCGCCCCUAGAACUGGAGUGCUGAUUAACAUCGAGUGCAAGGCUUGGGCCAAGAACAUCAAGCACGACCGCACCGAUCGUCUCGGCUCAGUCCACUUCGAACUCAUGAUUGACUAGUCCUGAAGUAAAUCCAGCGAAAAGAAGAAGAAAACUCUCUUAACAAUUUUCAAUCAUCGCGCAAAUUAAAUCUAAAAUCAGCACCAACCACCGAAUCUAUAGAGCCGGGGUCAACUUUCAACAGUUCUGCAACUUUGCAAUUUUGCAUGUGUCUCUAUUUAAAUCUACUUCUCACUUCUCGAGCUGCGUUCGAGGAGUUUAAAAAAAAAAUUAUACAAACUAUCAAAGCGUGCUGCCGACUGGCCCGAAUGCAUAUUUUGUGAAAUUUUGCCGAAGUUGAUAUUAUACAUAAAUGCGAAUUCUAAGAAGGAAAAAAAUGACAUUAUUUGUUGCAAUUUUAAUUAAUUAAGCAGCUGAAUCCAUAAUUAAUUUGUUCCACGUAGGCUCUUGUGUGUUUUGUCCUCGCUGUUGUUGCAUCAUUUGUGAAAAACGUAAAGAAUCUGCUCUUGGCACGCACAGGCUCUUUGAAUUUUGGCCAGAGAUGUGUAAAUUAUUGAUGAGUUAUUUUAAUUAAUGCUGACGUGUAUUUUAAUUAUUUGUGCCCAUAAUGUAUGAAAAGAUGUAUGAAACAGAUAAUAAUAAAAAUAUCCCAGAUUUUUAGUAAGAAAAA